UUCUCGCUCACUGUAGCCAUUAACGCCGCCUUGCAGGCCUCAACAGCAAGCACAGGCAGGCAGGCGCCGGAGGACAGAGGAGCAGAGCAGGGAUGGGCGAGAGCGAAGGCGGCGGGGAGGGGACGCGGGCGCUGGACCAGACGCCGACCUGGGCCGUGGUCGCCGUCUGCGCCGUCAUCGUCGUCGCCUCCAUCCUCCUCGAGGGCAUCCUCCACCACCUCGGCCAGUGGUUCACCAAGAGGAGGAAGAAGGCGCUGUUCGACGCUCUGGAGAAGGUUAAAUCAGAGCUCAUGACCCUGGGGUUCAUCUCGCUGCUGCUGACUAUCACGGCGAGGUACAUAUCGCGCAUCUGCAUCCCGGAGGGAGCCGCGGACACCAUGCUGCCCUGCCGCCUCUCCAGGAACUCAGAGCACCAAGAGCCCAAGGCCCACGGCCGACGACACCUGUCUGAAGCUCCCACCAACUACACCUGCCGCAAAGGUAUGGUGUCGCUCGUUUCAGCCGAUGGGCUACACCAGCUGCAUAUCUUUGUGUUCUUCUUGGCCGUCUUCCAUGUAGCGUUCAGUGCUAUUACAAUGUCCCUGGGUAGAGCAAAGACACGGAUAUGGAAGGAGUGGGAAAACGAUACUUCCUCCAUCACUUACGAGUUUUCAUCUGAUCCGUCAAAAUUCAGGCUUACUCACCAGACAUCUUUUGUGAGGCAGCACGCAAGCUGUUGGAGCAAAAGCACCAUUAUGCUCUAUGUCGCGAGCUUCUUUAGGCAAUUUUUCAGAUCUGUCCGGAGGACAGACUACCUGACUUUGCGGCACGGAUUCAUUUCUGCUCAUUUAUCCCCAGGGACUAGAUUCAAUUUUCGAAAGUACAUCAAGAGAUCCUUGGAGGAUGAUUUCAAGACAGUUGUUGGCAUUAGUCCACCUUUAUGGGCUUCUGCUCUAGCUGUCAUGCUCUUCAAUGUUCAUGGGUGGCAUAACUUGUUCUGGUUCUCUACAAUUCCCCUUUUAGUGAUUUUAGCUAUUGGGACAAAGCUGCAGGCUAUAAUUGCAAGGAUGGCUGUUGAAAUUACAGAAAGACACACAGUUAUUCAAGGAAUGCCAGUGGUGAAACUCAGCGAUGAACAUUUCUGGUUCGGAAAGCCUCAGAUGGUUCUUCAUCUUAUCCAUUUUGCAUUAUUCCAGAAUGCAUUUGAAAUAACUUAUUUCUUUUGGAUUUGGUACGAAUUUGGGCUGCGAUCCUGCUUCCACGAGAACUUUGAGUUUAUCAUUGCAAGAGUCUGCCUUGGGGCUGUCGUCCAAUUUGUGUGCAGCUAUAUCACACUUCCACUCCAUGCCCUUGUAUCCCAGAUGGGAUCGCAGAUGAAGCGAACAAUCUUCGACGAGCAGACGGCUAAAGCCCUAAAGAAAUGGCACAAGGCGGUGGUGAAGAAGAAGCAUCAACAGCAAAAGGAGUCAUCACAUGCGCCCUCCGAGACUGCAACCACGGACACAACCGAGGCAAGCCGGCUUAGCCAGUGCCAGUUCGUCGAGGCGGCGCCAGUGCAACGGCACCUGCACCGCUACAAUACCAUAGCACACGUUGGCGCCACCAGGCCGCUCUCGGAUUCCGAAUGCUCUGACACAGAAUGCGAGACUCAGACGAGGUACCUUAUCCCGCCUACAAAGCAGAGGAGCCUGGAUUCAGAGGUGCGUGUGGAUGUGGACGAGACGACCCCAGAUCACCAUGAUAGUUUUUCCUUUCCAAGGCUGCCACAUUCGCAGAAUAUGCCGGCGAAAUGACCAACCGGUAGUCGGUCGUGCUUAGGAAUACUAACUUAUAUACGAUGUUGUGUUUUAGAUUAGAAAAUCAGCAUACUGUUGAAGUGGUAGGGAACUUUACAGAGAGUGCAUGUUGUGACAGUAGACCAGAGUACCAUUUGAGUGCUUCAGAGUUUCCCAGGAACUAUAAAUGGAAGAGUCUAAUUCCAACUUGCUGAUGAAUAA